UGCUCAGUCUGGUUCUAGUGUGCUUGGCGCGCGGAGUGUAGCUGGUAAGCUCUUGUCCUUGAAAUAAUACCACAGUGAACGGUUUAUAAACAAAACCAUUGAACCAGUGAAACAAGGAGAUAAAGUGAUCUAUUUACAGAUAUACCAGGAGCUGCUCAACCCUCCCGUAGUUUACCUAGACCCGGAGCAUCCUCGUCCUCAAACCUUGGGUUUAAGAUACAUCCCUGGGUUCUCCACUUGGAGCAACUGGGUGAAAGUGGGUUGAGCCCUUGUAACCAAGUAUCCUGGUAUACAGGAAUAUAGUUAAACAAAUAUUUAUCAUGUGAUCAGUAUAUUGAGUAGAACCGUGAGCAGGAUUUCUUUGUGAGGAUAAAGAUGGGGUUGGGAGGGAGGAGGAGUAAACAGAACCUAGUUUAUCAAAUACUAUUCCUGCUCCUGCUCUCCAGGUUCAGCUGUUUAGUGAGGGGGGAGGAGGAGGAGGUGGGGUGUUCUCACCCCUCCCUUCCGUCAGGAGCAACUUAUUCAAACCUAACAGGCGGGCUGGGGGAACAGGCUUGGAAGAUUAAAUAUUCAUGUGAUAUAGGAUUUGAAUUAUUUGGUUCUGCUGAAAGAGAAUGCCGGGACGGAAAAUGGACUGGUUUACUCCCCACUUGUGCAGUCAAUGUAGCUAGGUAUAAGCCCGCGAACAGCAGCAGCGUUGUACGGGGCGGUGAGGCAGGAAAAGCUGUAGAUGGCGCUGUUAGUACUGUACAUGAAGGAAGACGAUGUACUGAAACCCAGGAGGAAACCUCCCCAUGGUGGGCAGUCGAUCUUCUAACGGUGCAUAGGGUUAAAUAUGUCAGACUAACCACCAGAUGCUGUGAUGAUUUACCCAUUAAAAAUUUGGAAAUCAGAGUUGGAAAUUCAAGAACUUACAAGGAUAAUGCCAUGUGUAAUUGGAUUCCAGGACUAAUACCUGAGGGAGAAACCAAAACUGUAGAGUGUGUAACUGAUGAUGCUAGUGGACAAUAUGUUUCUUUAUCAAUGACAGGGGGGAAAGGAGUGUUAUCGUUGUGUGAAGUUGAAAUAUUUAGCCCGGACGGGGUCGGAGCCGCCAGCUGUAAUCAAAAUAUAGAUACAAAGGAGCUGUCAGUGUAUAAGGACUCAUGCUAUUGGUUUGUUUCUAAAACAGGGGAUGGUCAGGAUAACCUUGGAUUUGUUGAGGCAGCUAAAACUUGUGAUUCAGCUGGAUAUCAUCUUGCUUACGAGAUAGACCAGGAAGCUGCCAGUUUUCUACGUAAUCGGCUUGAGGCGGAGGGUCGGGCGGAUAGAGGAACAUUAGUCUGGAUCGGGGCGGAGAAAAGUAGUGAGGGGGAAACUUGGAAUUGGGUGACAGGAGGAAGUGUAUCUGAUAUAUUCUGGGGAGCUGAACAGCCGAAUAAUUAUGCAAAUGAGCAGAAUUGUGCAGUUUUAGACAAAGAUCUGGACUGGAUGUGGAAUGAUAUUUCUUGCAAGGUUGAUGCUAAGACUGUUUGCAAGGGCCCCCCUAGUAGGUGUCCCAGCCCACCAGUUGGUGAGGGGACAUGGACAAGUGGGGACAGGAAGGUUGGGGGCAGUGUACUUUACCACUGUCCCACAGGGUUUAAACCUAUGGGAGAACAGGAACAAUUCUGUCGAAUUGGUGGUGAUUGGUCCGGGGAACCAAUCAGCUGUAAAUUUGUCGAGUGUGGAGACGUUCCGGGACUUUUAAAUGGCGCCGUCCACGUGCUCGAUGGUCGAACAACUUUUGGCGCCAAAGUCGGAUACAAGUGCAACGACGACUUUUCCCUGAUGGGCGGAAGCAAGGAGAGGAUUUGUGAUGUAGAUGGUUGGACUGGGACAGCUCCGAAAUGUGAAUUUACUCGGUGCCCGGAACCUGAUUCCGUUGAGAACGGAGAAUUGAAGGAAAUUCCUGGAGAGGAUGGAAGGAACCGGUUGGGUGCUAAGUUGAUCUAUACCUGUUCUCCGGGUCAUGUUGCCAGUGGGUCCUUGUCACGUGAAUGUCAGCUGGGUGGAGAAUGGUCUGGAUCAAAACCGGUGUGCCAGUUUGUGGACUGUGGUAGUCCUCCUGAACUAGAAAAUGGCGAGGUUGAGCUGGUGGACGGUAGGACGACCUACGGAGCUGAAAUGAGAUAUUCCUGUGGUCCGGACUACAACCUCAGCGGUGAUACAACAAGAAGGUGUGAAGCGAAUGGUAAGUGGAGUAAAGGACGGACAGAAUGUAAGAUUAUAGAAUGUCCGACCCCAAGAUCUCCGGCCGGAGGGAAGGUUUCAGGAUAUAAUUUCCAGGUUCAUAGGAAGGUAAGCAAACUAAAUAUUCAUUCAUGUUUAAUCAACUCAUUUUGUACUGAGGGUGGAGUAUGGAGAGAUGUUGAAGGACUAGGUCAGGGACCUGAUCAGGUUUCCUGUCAAGAGAUUAGAUGUGAGCUCCCCCCUAGGAACAACAAUACAGUGGUCUCCAUCUCAAGCACAGAGAGGCUCAAGGGAACUAGUGUAAUCAGAUCUAAACAAUCUCUAGAUGCAACCUAUAAAGUUGGUAGUCAACUCAAGUAUAGGUGCGAGAGAGGAUUUGUUCUAACGGGUGGACAGCGAGUGACUACAAGGUUAUGUACCAGGAACGGUACAUGGACUGGUGAUGCCCCUGCCUGUACAUACGUAGACUGUGGUACCCCGGCCCUCAUCGAGAACGGCAACUUUGUGAUGCAGAACAACGUCACCAGCUACUUCGGAUCCAUCACCACCUAUUCCUGCAAUGUUGGCUGGAAGCUGGAGGGGUUUGAUAGGAGAUCUUGCUCAGCGGACGGAAUCUGGACGCCUGAAGCUCCGGUUUGUCGUGAAACCUUGUGCAAGGAGCUCACGGUUCCUGCUAAGGGCCAGAUGAACAUCACCACGUUAAGAAUAGGAGGUCAGGCAACUUUCUCCUGUGAGCACGGAUAUAAUCUAGUCGGAGACCCGGAUUUAGAAUGUCUUAGCUCUGGAUCUUGGAGUGGCUGGCCACCAGGUUGUGUAGAGAUCGACUGCAAGGAACCCUUUAAGCCAGAGAACAGUAAAAUAUUCCUGGUUCAGAACUCUACCAAGUAUGGCAGCACUGCUGAAUAUCAUUGUGAUCCUGGGUACACCAGAGAGGGGCCGUUUAAGAGAGAUUGUGAAAUCAACGGUUACUGGUCAGGACAAGACCCUGUCUGUUACAUACCCAAAAGAGCGCCGAUAAUCCCUGUUGGAUCUCCAAAGGGUCGAGGUUCUGACGAUGUGACCUCGGAUACUCAGGAAAAUGAAUCCUCAGGAGUAGGAGUAUGGAUUGGAGUAGCUCUAGGUCUGAUUGUGGUUGUUGGACUACUCGGAGUAGGAAUAUUCUUCUAUCGGAAACGAACACAGCUUCAGCAGAAACCAAAACGGGAUAAUAAUGCAAAUGGUCUCGGAGUCAUGGGAAUACCUAAUUAUGCUGGUUCUACUUUUGCUGGGGCGCAAAUAGGGGCCAGACCCCCUCCCCCGAUACAGAUGUAUUCUAUAGAAGAUACAGAUGAUCAUAGAGGUCCGAUAUAUGAUACAAUUAAUGACGGAGACAGUUCUCAUUCAACAUACAGUCGGAGUAAUGGAUCGGAGAAUAGCAAUCCGAUCCGGAGCACUUUCAGCCCGCCACCGGGUCUACAAAACGGCGGGUAUUCAAAUGAUUAUGAUGUGCCAGAAGGCGGGGCUAAGCCCGGCGCUGUCGGAACAGUUACCAUCAAUGGUAUAGCUGUCUAAUGAACAUUUGUAAAACUGUCAACUGUGAUUUUUAUCUAUCAACAGAAGGUUGUUAGGUACCAUCUUGAAAAUGGAGCACUUUCCGUGACACUCGUCUAACAAUUAUCAAAAAUAAAUUCAAUCUAAAGUGAAUUACAUACAAUAUGACACUUUCGGCAGAAAAGCCUAAAAUGUGAAAAUUAUUUAAAAGCUGAACUAAGUGAUUUUCUGCUUAAAACUAUACAAGGUGUCCCUAGUCAUCUUUAAUCCUUUAUCGUUGCUCAAUAAAUCAAUCAUUUCGAGCUCGCUCGAAAUGCCGCGGGAUUUGUACUUUAAUGUUUAAAAUAAAUAAUAUGAAGGAU